CGCAUUGAGCUUUCGGGAGCUUUUCACGCGCGCGGAAAAAUACCAUUCCGAUUUUAAAUGUGUUUUUAAAACUCUCCCAUUAGUAUUAAUUUUACAAUAUUUAAAAUUAACAUAAUACUUAAUCUAUUAUAAAAAUACAUCAAGUGUGCUUUAAUAAUUUCAAUUCAAUUCACAUUCUUUUUAUUUACAAAUAAAAUUUAAUUUUUUUAAUAUAUUAUAUGAAAAAGAUACAAAUUUUAAAAAAGGAACAAUAACAAUCAUGCAUAGACAAAAAAACGUUAAAAUUACGAAUAAGUUGAAUUUAAAUUGAGUAUUGAAAUAAUCAUAAUUGAUUUAAUGAUGUCGCUCGGAAAACAACCCUCAGAUCACAUAAAGAGGCCCAUGAACGCGUUCAUGGUCUGGUCUAGGGGUCAGAGGCGGAAAAUGGCCCAGGACAACCCUAAAAUGCACAACUCUGAAAUUUCCAAACGGCUCGGAGCGGAGUGGAAACUUUUAAGUGAGAUGGAAAAGAGGCCGUUUAUCGAUGAAGCGAAGAGGUUAAGAGCACUACACAUGAAAGAGCACCCUGACUACAAGUACCGGCCGCGGAGGAAACCCAAAGCCCUCGUGAAGAAAGAGCCCAAGUUCGGCUUCAACAUCAGCAGCUUCAUGGCGCCAGUCCCUCGGCUGAUGACUCCGCUGCCGCAGCCGAUGCCGCAGAUGCCGGUGCCGCACCACCUGCUGCAUGACAAGCCAGACCUGAGCAGAGCGCUGUUCCCGCCGAUACCCUACCCCUUCUACCCCUUCGCGAAGAUACCAUCCGAUGAGGGGAAGCUGGCAGCCGAGCUGGCGCAUUUGCAGGCACUCUACGGUGGCGCGUUAUACAGCUCAGCGUUGUACAACAGUGCGUUGUCACCCUGCGGCUGCCCCCCGCGCCGCUCCCCCUCGCCGCCCGCUGACGUCAAGCGCCCUGUCGCGUACGUGCUCAUGAAGAGUGACGAGGAGCCGCCGCAGCACGUCAUAUGAAGGCCGGUGGCUCUCCCGGCGCGGCCCUACGCGCACUGGGAGCAGCCGUCAACGUCCACUGAGCGAGACAGCACGCCCGAUAGCAUAUAGAGUGAUAAGGACAUUGGUAAGAAGUGCAAUAUUGUUUUAGUGGUUUACUACACACUGCAGUUUGAAGACUUGGAACUUUGAAAGUGAUCGUAAUUCCCAAUGGUUUCCAUGAUGUAUUUCCAGUUGCGUUAAGGAGCAUUAUUUAUUUUCCUUUUUCGCAUACGUUAAUGUAGUCAAGGUAAUUAAUUUUGAGAGAAGAGUACUUACCUACUUAUCUCGUUAAAUGAUAGAAAGUAAUGAUUUUGUAUAGUGAUGCGAAUAUUUCUCGUAACAAUUUGUAGAAGACUGAAAAUUGUCAGCGAAUGGACUUAUAUGAUAUUCUUGUUUAGUGCAUUUUAGCCAGGAAUUAUUUAACUUUAUUUUGAUGCAUAUAAUAUGUUCCUCGUUUUAUUAAAAAAAAUUCUACUUUUAACCGAAUUAAUGAAGGAGGUACUUUUUUAAAUAUUUUAACUUAUUAUGUUUGUAGCAAUGUCCUUGUAAAUACCUCAGUAAUUAUUCCUAAAAUAAUAUUUUUGUAAAAUAUAUGUUUUGUUUUUUUUUAUGUUCUUUGGUGCAUGGGUUUUUAGGUAUGAUUUUCCAUCAAUAAUAAUCUCCUAUUAUCAAAUAGAAAGAAAGGAUCUAAUCUUUUUAACUGGUACAUCCAAGUACUAUUAGGUAAAUGUAAAUAAUUGUAGAUAUUAGAACAUAUGUCAAAGACUCAUUAUGUCUAUAGAGCCUGCGAUGGCUGAACCUUCGCCGUUUUAUAAAAAAGCUCCUACCAGAUGGAGUGUGGCAAACUUUCAUAUAAAAUCAGGGAGGUCUAACCGUUACAGGCUCUCAAUAUACUAUUGUACGUUUAAAAUAUUUUUAUAAAGUCUUCCUUAUUGAAUUAUGACUUGGCUUAUACUUUUACCUUGCACACACACAUUUUUUUGCUAUAGGUAUCUUUUUUCUUUUCCCCUCCGAUUAGUUGUAAAGACGUUGUUAGAAGUGGGUAUGAUUGCCUAACAGGCGGGGUUCGAACCUGUGAUCUCUUGUUGUUGAUUCCGCCCCCUCAAUCAUGGAGCUUUUGAGAUUGACUAUGCUGGUGUAGUCUAAGAUGAUUUGACGUCAUUUUAAAACGUGAUUGAAAAUUACCAUUUUAAGUCUACUUCAGGGCCACGACUCCCACCUUACAGAAAUAUACAAUUUAUGAUGUUAAUGAUAAUGGCCAAGACCGACGACAUAACAUGCUCUCCGAGGUACAUGGGCGUAACGUUAACUUACACUCCGGACUGAAAAUUGAAAGAAAAGCUCAGAAGAAAAGAAAACAUUUUAUUCCAACCCCGGACUCCGUGAUCCGAAACUAUAUAAGCUAACAGCUGAACCAACGAGGUAGGGCAGUGAACAGAAAAAUAACUUGUCAAUGUGUUUAGGUGGCCGGUAAUAAUAAUUCUGAUUAUUCUUAUUUCUACAUGUAUGUAUUUUGUAUGUAACAUAUGUACACAGGGAUUGUUUUUUAAUUGUACGUUCUAAUUAGUUUUAUGUAAACUAAAUAUAAAUCACAUUGUUCUUAUUUUUUUGUAAACAUCUACCUGAGUUAUUGUUUUGGGAGAUAAAGAGGUGGAUUUACGUACACAGAAUAUAGACCUCGACAAAUAAGUUGAACUAAAAUGACUGGUACAAAUGUAAAUAAAAGUGUUGUAUAUUAAAGGUGUCAAAUAAUUGAAAAUUUAGUACACGAUUGUAAUUCCGUCAAUGAGAAGCUAUACUCUCUCGUGUAUCAUUGACGUCCACUGAACGAAUCGCCUUCACGAUCAAGUAGCUCAUAGAUACGGCAUCUAAAAGAAAAUGUCUCCCGAAGUAAUAGGUGUUUGUGUACAUACAAGUAGUGCAUUCUGUGUAAAUAUAACUUGGAAGCGUUUUCCUUAAAAUUAUUAGUGCAAUGUAAUUUACGACGUGAGGUAACUCGAAUAGAUAACAUAUCAUAGGUAUUAUGUAUUCCAUUGUAAGGGUUCAUUCACACGGGUGCAGUUUGAGGUGAUAUUGCUUUUCAUAUAUGUAGUAGACUAAGAUACAGUGGGGCCAAAUCAUCCUCAUUUUGUAAAAGCUGAAACUUUGUCGGCUUUGCUUUUACCAUAGAUAAGUAUAAUAUCAACUAUAUGCAGUUUGAACCUCUGAGGGUCUAGAAAAGUUCCCAAAGUGGUACAAGUGGAACCAAGGGUCCACGGGACACUCGACAAGGGUUGGUGUGACCAAAAAAUGGGGGUUCACACCGAAUACCGAAUGGGGAGUUUUCUAAAUAAAACAAGUGAGAAUUUAUUGGUUCCUUGUGCUGUGAGUGGAUUUUAAAAAUUAAAAUUGGAUGGAAUCGCCUUCUUUAAAAUUCAAAAUUCAUUUAUAGGCAUUGUUUAUAAGCACUUUUGAAACAACACUAUUUAAUUUUGUAAAGACUCUAUUACCGGUUCUGAGAAGAGCCGGCAAGAAACUCAGCAGUUGCUCUUUUGAUUGGCUUUGGUAACCAAAGCACUACAGUACUUACCUAUGGUAAGGGACAUGGUUUGAUAAUCUUUCAUGUUUUAUUAAAUAAAGACAGUUUAGCUACCACAGGCUCUCGGCCUAUAUGCGAUAACAAGCAAAUUAAAUAAAGCCCGUGUGAAUGAGCUUAUAACCUAGAGUUUAGUUAGAAAAAACAUCGUUAUGUCAAUUUGUAAAAAGAUAAGACGGCAAAGGUACAAGUUUUGUUGUUAUUAUGACAAUUUUAAUGCUUAUUUGCUUGAUGAGUUUUUAUAUAUUGAGUUUUUUUUUAAUUAUGUUAUUUUAUAGCUUAGGUAUAGAAUAUUCUUGAUUAGAGUUUAUUGUUCUAUUCUAUUUCUGAGAAUUAAUACAUACGAAUGCAUUGCAAAUAGCAUCUAUGUAUCAGAUUGUAUUUAAAAAAAUGUUUUAGUAUUUUUUAUUAAAUCAGGAGGAUGUGGAUAUUUGUGAAGGGGUGUUUGAUUAAAUCUGACAUAUUGUAAUAAAUGGCAUAUUCCAUCUAUAGUUGGCUCUUGAUACUGUGGUAAUAGGCACACUACGCUCGCCAAGUCCAUUAUGAAUUUUCCAUAUCCAAUUUUCUUUUAGAAUGUGACACACCGACUGUAAAAGAUUUUAAUUAUUAUGUAGAAGAAAUGCCGAUUGUAUAAUGAUAAACAAUUGUUAUAAAAAAAUCAGCUUUAUCUCAAAUCCGUUACUUUGGUCGAGUUAUCUAUACUUAUAACUAAAAAAAUAACUAUCAUUGGGUGAUUAGUGAUCGAUACUGAUGCCAAAAUUGCAAUCAGUAAAAUGUUCGUCUGUCUGUCUAUCUGUAUGAUCGUUAUAGAAACAAAAACUACUGGACGAAUUUUAUUGAAACCUGGUACAAUUAUUCUUUACACUCCUGGGUAUGUUAUAGUAUACUUCUCAUUACGCUACGAUCAAAAAGAGCAGAGCAGUGAAGGGAAAUGUUUUGAAAACGGGAGAAGUUACUCCAUUUUUGAAGCGAUACUACUGUAAGGGCUGGAUUAAAAAGGUCUAAGGGCGGACGAAAUCUCGGGCGUCCGCUAGUCUAAAAUGAUUGAAAACCUUGUAAAUAUUCUGGUAUUACAACACCCCUUAAAAAGUCCACUCUCUCUUGUGCUUUUAAGUUCGUAUUAAAGAGAGCGUGUAUGACAAAUCAAUUUUAAGUUUUCUAUUUGUAAACUAUUAGAACAAAACCUUCGUAAUAUUGUUUUAAUCAUCAGUAUAAAAUAAGUUGAUGAUUUAUGGUUUUAAAUUAUAAGAUUUUUAUAUUUUGGAUUUAAUUUAUAAGAAUUUUUAUGACUAAUUCAACAUUUUAGCAGUAUCAUGUUUAAUGCACGCCAUUCACGAUCAAUUAUUCUCACGUUUCUGCAGCACUCACGACUAUAACUGGUCGUGUGUUGGUCACUGCGUGCGACUGUUUGCGCUGCAGGAACGUGAGAAUAAUAGACUGUCAAUGGCUGACUUAACAUUUGUUAAAUUUUUAGCUUGUGUAAAAUUGUUUAUGUAAAUAAAUUGUUAACAAUUCGGUUGAAGCAAUGUUGUUGUUAUGUUUACCAACUUUGUUUUAUGUUGUGUAAAUUCCGCAAAGUUACUUGGCAAUAUGAAAUUCAUUUACUUUUAAGUUUUCUACUUUUUUGUACCAGGGUUUCAGUUAUAAUUAAAAAAUAUGAAAUAUGA